AUACAGAGGCGUUUGGGCGAUAGAACUGUGUCGAGUUUAUACGAAUUGAAUAUUUAUCAGUCGGUUGAGAAAUUUUGUUAAAGACGGACUGUUGAAGCGCGUUUUCAGUGAACUUUUUUUUCUUUUUUAUUAUAUAUGCUUGUGUUUUAUAGUACUAAAUAGUUGGAAAGUACUCUGUUUGCAUAGUGAGGUACUAAUUGCUAUUUGGCAGUUAUUUCGUCAAGUGAAUCGGUAUUAAGAAGUAAAAAAAAGGAAAAACAAAAAAUAAAAAUUUACAAAAAUUUUUACGAGUGAAGCUGGUUUUUAUAUUUCGAAGAAGGAAAAAAUCAUAAUUUGCAUCAUUGAGCUGAUGUGUAACUUCACCGAUGUGUUACUGGAUGAAGAAAAAGAAAAAAUAAUUUGAGUCUCGCACCAUUUUAUUUACUACGCUGCCAAUUGGAAUAAAGUGAAUUAUUUUUGGUAUAUAUUCGAGUGAAAUGUGAAUUUUUGUGUUCAAGCACAAACUUCAAAUUACCGGAGUAAAAAAAAGAAAGAAGAAAAGAUCGGAAAAAAUAGUGUUUGGUGCUUCAAUCUGAUAUUCGAAAAAAGAAGAAGAAAUUUUCACGAAAAAAAAUAUGAAUGAAAAAGAAAAUAAUUUGUGGUGCAGUGAAUUAUAACCGGAAAUAAGCAAAAGAAAGGAAGAAAAAAAAAUUAAGAAUUUGGUUGUGUUAAAAAAUAAUGAAGUGUUUCAUAUCGCGGAAUUACUGGAUACAUUCUGGAUUACAUACGAUAUUGGAUUAUCACAGGCGAUCGUAUUUAAUUGCUUUCUAAAUAAAAUAAAGCGAUUACGAUGACGGAUUUUGGUGGACCGCGGCUGUUGCUCCGAGGUCGUUAGUGUACAUACUUACAUGGAUCGCAGAUAUGGCAGCGAUCCUUUGGCGCCUCCCAGGCCCCCUAAAUCAUUGCCUCGUGUUCAUCGUCCAAGGGCUCCAGAGCCACCGAUAAUGAGCGAGUCAUUACAACCACAUUCAUUGAACGUCAUACAUACACAACCACAACAGUCAGUACCGCCACAUAUACUACCACCAGCCACAGCACCAUUAGUAUCACUACAGUCUAGUACUAGCUUUUCACGAAGGCGACCGCCACCACCAACAACAACGAUUCAGAUACCAACCAUUGCAUCGCUUUCAUCAAAUCUUCAUAGUUUAGUCGAGGCACCCAUAUCGCCUGUCACGCUGGCGGAACCUCGACCAGAGAACGAACGACUCGCCAACGAGUAUGUGGACACACCGUUUCGUACACCAAAUUUGGUGUCUCGGAUACACCAUCAUCAUGGUAUCGGUACAGGGAAUCUGUCCACUCAUCAAACGACAUCGGCUGUUCAAUUAUCGUCGGCAACAGCGUCAUCAAAACCAAUUGUUCCUCCUAGUUCGACAACAACGGCAUCGACGACGACGAUACCAUCGACUCAACGAACAGCUAUUAAUAGACCAAACGCAUUACCGGUUAUCACCAAACAACCGAUAUCGUUUACAAAGGAUCUACCGACAGCUGCUCUCCACGAAGAUGUUGACAUACAUCCAUCGAACGGAGAGUCGCCCAAUUCAAUCUUUUGUCCGCAGUGUAAAAGGUGUAGAUGUGAAGAGUGCCAAAGGCCUAGACAAUUACCGUCUAGAUGGGUGUGUGACAAUUGGUGUUUAUGUAGUGCCGAAACAAUUAUCGACUAUACAUCGUGUUUGUGUUGUGUUAAAGCACUGUUUUACCACUGUUCCAAUCAUGAAGAUCAUGAAAUGGAGCGCGAUGGUGAUAGUAUAUCGUGCGCGGACGAUCCAUGCUCAUGUUUACCGCACAAACGAACCCAACGAUGGGCAUGGCUGGGUGCAUUAUCGAUUGCAUUACCAUGUCUGUGGUGUUAUUGGCCGAUGCGCGGCUGUGUGGCACUAUGUGCCAAAUGUUAUGCACGACAUUCACGGCAUGGAUGUAGAUGCCCGCAAAAUAAAAUUAAUAACAUUAGUGGAAUGGGUAAUGGCAGCAGUGGCGGAUUGGGUAGCAAUACGGUCGGACGAACAAUUAGUCGAACGCAGUGCGAUCUUACACCCGAAAAACGAUUGCUUGACUCCAGUCCUGAGUACUAAUUAUUUUAUUAGAAAUCAAUUUAAAAAUGUAACCAAAGACUGCAAAAGAUUAUUAUUAAAUUUUAGUAAUUUUAUAAUUGAUAAUUACAUGAAACGAACGGAGGAUAUAAGUGAAAGGUUGACACAACUACUGAACGUUAAAAAAUAUUGUUGUUUAUUGUUGAUAAGGACUAAUAUUUCAAUUUAAAGUUUUUAAGGUUCAGAGUGUGAGACAAGAGGAGAGGGAGGCAGGAAGGAAGAAGAAGAAAUAUAAACUAAGAGAGAAAAAAAAAACAGAAAAUGUAAAAAAAUGACUUAUGAAAUAGAUGGCAAAGAACAUAAAUUUAAAAGUAAUAAAAUAACAAAAUAAACAUGGAACUUAUCGUGUAAAAGAAAACAAAAAAUUCUCCAACUUUAUUUGCACCACUCCAACGGAAGAAAAGGAAAUUUCAUUUUGUGUUUAAUAGAACGGAUUCGUUGAGAAAAUUUAAAGUGCUGGUUUAUAUUGUAAUUAUUUUUCCAAUAGAAUUUCUGUUUCAGGUGCUUUCUACAUUCUAUACAAAAAAAACACACAAAGUGUAAUGAAAUUUCCACGGAAAAUAUAAGGACUUUCUGUCGCUUUUUGGAUAGCAAAAAAAUAAUGACAGAGUGUCCAUGCCUUUUCUGUCGAAAUCGGAUUUCAUUUUGUGUUGAAUAUUCCAGACUUAAUACAUGACAAGCAAGAAUGACAACAAAAGAAAAUGAAUGUAGAGAAUUCCAAACCUAUUCACGAUUCUGUAAUACUGCCAUCGCAUAGUUAUCAGACUUUCGGAAAUCAUGUAGAGUUAAAAAACGAGUCUUUCAUUUUGGGUACGCUUUCCCAAAUAUUGUCAGCAUCUCCUGAAAUAUGUUAUCUGAUGAAAUAUGGCAAACUUUGUUGAUUUUUGUAGACGAUAAAAUUUUCAUCGCAAUUAAAAUCUCACAGGAUUAAAAAUCAGUGAAAAGUAAUCGUUCAAGAUCAUGCAAAUGUGAGUGGAUAAUCGUGGACGUCUCUCCCACCUUCCAAAUAUUAAAAUAAUUUGGAACAAAUAUAUUUUCACAAAAUUCAUUCAUUUAUUGAUACGAUGAAAAGUAAAUGGGUGAAACUAUUACCGCGCUCAACAACAGAUUUUAUUGGGCAGUGAGAAUUUCGUUCAUCGCACAAAAUUUGUUUUCGUUAUUUUUUGCCUCUGUUUUUAUUUAUUUUUUUGGAUGAUGAGUGGUUCUGUGUACAUUGCACGAAUUCCAACCGAGUUUUUAUCGUUUUUUUAUGAACCCUGUCACAAAACACAUCGAAAAAUCGUUUAAAUUUAAAUUAAAAUCUCGGCGGACGUUUUUUUUUCUCGUUUCUAUCUCGGCAGAAAAAAGAACGGAUUUACUCCAUUUGUUUGACAACCACAACAAAAAAAUGCUCAAAAUUCAAAUUUCAGAAGUUAUUGUUUUCGACCAGAAAAAAAAAAUUAUACUCAACAACAUUCCAACAAGUUUUUUUUUAUUGGCUAUUAAUGUGAUGAACAAAAUUCUAUACCAUCAUUUUAUGCGACUUAAUUUUUUUAUCAUUUAAUUCUUUUUAAUUGGCGAGAGAGCACUAUAAAUUACGCUACGAUAGUUGAUCGUUUUCUUCAUUCAAACGGCCGUUCAUUUCCUGAAAACUUACUGAUUUUGUUUGUUUUGGCUAUGAAUUUUUCGGGUAAUAAUGACAUUCUGCCAGCUUACCGAAAAAUAAAUAA